GACGCGCACAUAACCUACCGGAAGAGUGUUUUGGUUAUUUGCAAAUAUUGACGACUCGAUGAGCACGAAAAAUGAUGCACGAGCGAUCAUUUCGCCAGUUCGGUAGCUAAUAAAAAAAACUUUUAACCAGACAACUCUCUCUUGCAGAUUGAAUGUCAGUAAAGUUAUAAUUCGUUAAACUAAUAAUUUAUAUGUAAGAUAGUGUUAAAGAGCUUCGAUGGACUGAAAGGACACGUAUACAGUAUAAAAACCCUUAUGGACAGCUAGCAUUCUUGCGGGAUAUGAAGUGUCAUUAUAGAAACACAAGAUAAAAUACGAGAAUGGCUGCGCCUUAUUUAGGUGUGAGCGACAUCGUUCACCUAAACGUUGGCGGCACCAGAUUCUCCACAUCUCGUCAAACAUUGACGUGGAUUCAGGAUUCAUUCUUCACAGCGCUGUUAAGUAACAGAAUUGACAGUCACAAAGAUGAAACUGGUGCGCUGUUUAUAGACAGAGAUCCAAAAUUGUUCUCCAUUAUAUUGAAUUAUCUUCGUACUAAGGACAUUGAUCUGAAAAAUGUAGAUAUUCGUACUUUGAGACAUGAGGCUGAAUAUUACGGGAUUACUCCAUUAGUUAAGCGUUUGAUACUUUGUGAAGACUUGACUCAAUCGUCUUGCGGUGAUGUGUUGUUUUAUGGCUAUUUACCACCUCCAAGCAUACCACUUCAAGAACCAGUUGCUGUAACCUCGAAUGUGAGUGAUGUUUCGGUUCAUAUUAGAGUCGGUAUUGCUCAAAAUCCAAGAGUCGAUGGACCAUCCACCUCACAGGCAACAACUACCAAUUCUACUAAUCAAAAUACUACUGCAGGUUCACAAAGUUACAAAGGAACACUAGGAACACAUGUAAGAAAUUCUUCCUUGGAUUAUCGAUUGCCACAACGCGGCCUACCACAUUCUCGCACACCAUCUUUAGAUCUGAGACACGUAAGAAACAAUUCCGCGGAUUUAAAUAAACUAUAUAAAAAUGACAUCGGUCUGGUAUUCGGGCCUCAACAAGUUUCGUCAUGGGUUGAUCCACUGAGAGUGCAAAUUAUAAAGGCGCAUCACAACUGGAUCGUGAUUGCUUACGCACACUUCAUAACGUGCUACCGACUGAAGGAUUCGUCCGGAUGGCAACACGUGUUCACUAGUCCACACAUCGAGUGCAUAAUAGAACGCGUUGCAAUAAACGCGAAAAUGGGCAGCGGUGCGGAUGGCAAGAUGGUUGCUAUAUCGUACAGUAGUCAAGUCAGACUCUGGGGUGUAUCUGAGGAAGGAAUCAAAAUCAACGUAGGCACGUUCAACUUGAACGUACGAGUGGAAUAUUUAUUCUUCAUAGGCAGUCAGCUAGUCGCGUUGUCACCGACCGGGAAAAUCGGCGUGUGGCACGCGAUGACUCAUCAUUGGCAGAUACAGGACGUGGUACCCAUCUUGUCUUUUGACACCGCGGGCUCGUUUCUUCUAUUAGGUUGCAACAACGGAUCCAUUUAUUAUAUUGACAUGCAAAAGUUUCCUUUGCGAAUGAAGGAUAACGACCUGCUCGUGACUGAGUUAUAUCGAGAUCCGAGUUACGAUCCUAUAACUGCGAUAUCUGUGUAUUUGACGCCGAAAACAACAUCUGAGAGGGGAAGGGGAGGCCUUUGUGGAAAUUGGAUAGAAAUUGCCUACGGUACAAAAUCCGGAAGUGUCAGAGUGAUCGUUCAGCAUCCUGAAACUGUUGGUCAUGGCCCACAGCUAUUUCAAACCUUUACAGUGCAUCAAAGCAGUGUGACUAAGGUAACACUUUCGGAAAAGUAUUUAGUAUCGGUUUGUUCGGAGUAUAAUCACGUCAGAAGUUGGGCGGUGACUAGAUUCCGCGGAAUGAUUUCAACUCAACCGGGAUCGACGCCUGAAGCGAGUUUCAAGAUUGUUUCUUUAGAAGCAAUCGAUCCUUGCGUCAGCUACAACGCCGGCAAUGAUUUCGGACCUUUUGGUGAGCAAGACGAUGAACAAGUGUUCGUCCAGAAGGUCGUACCUGAAACUGAUCAACUGUUCGUCCGAUUAGCAUCGAACGGAAAAAGAGUUUGCGUAAUACAGUCGGUCGACGGUAGUAUUAUAAGUUCGUUCUAUGUGCACGAGUGUGAAGGUUCUAGUCGCAUGGGCUCAAGGCCCAGACGUUUUAUAUUCACCGGCCAUUCUAACGGCACUAUACAAAUGUGGGAUCUCACGACAGCAUUGGAUCCGUCUUUCAAUGCCAUUCAAGCAACAGACACCUCCGGUGGUCCUACGCCAGAGGAGCUGUGGAAGUUACUAGAUCAAUGCGACUUGAGCAACAGCCACUGCUCAACGCCUUGCAUCAGUCCGUCGCCUUCGUUAAUUGCGUCCGGGCCCAGAAUCAAGUCGAGCAAUGUGCUGUUUCUUAAUCAGUCGCAAAAUUCGGAUGCGACACCUGGACCGAGCCAAACUUAAAGAGACCGAUCGCCGACUGAGGUAAUCAGAAUCUGCAUUUAUACAUUUUAGUUAAUUAUUGAUAACGUCCUUUUCUGCGCGCUAAAAACAAUCGAAAAACAAAAAGUCUGUAGUCAGUUCCUAAAAUUAACAUUUUUUUUUUUGCAUCUGUACAUGCAAAGUGUGUCGUUUUAGAACUUCACCAAAGUUCUUUAUUUAUCUGUUUAACGCGAUGCAAUCUGAACGAAGAACAUAACUGCACUUAUAAUCUAUAUGAAGAAUAGCCGUUACUGUUGAGAUGAUUGUUUUAAUGUAAUGCAUUUAAUGUUCUACUUACGUAUAUAAAUACACGUCUAGCAAAUUUGUUUUUAAGAGAUUUGAUAAUGUCGCGCGCUAUUGCUCUCGGAAGAAUUCUCUAUGAAAAAGAGAGAACUCUUUGUUUAUUGUUAUUAAUAAUUUUUAUUUACAUAUUAUUUAUAUAUAUAUAUAU